UAAAGCUCAGUAGCACAGCACCCCGAUCGCCGUCGUCCCCGCCCUGUCUUCCCACGGUCCCUCCCACGCAGGGCGCCGCUCGUUGUCCCGGCCGGCCACAUGUGGGAGCGCGGCAGGCCACCGCCCCGCAAGCCGCGACCGUCGCCUCUCAUCCUGCCGGCGUCGGCGCUGGUCUCGCCUCCUCCCCCUCGAUUCGUAUUCCCCAGAUCCCUCUUCGCGCUCGCCGCCCGGGCCAUGCCGUCGCGCCGCCCCUCCCCUGCGCUCCUCCUCCUCCUCGCGCUGGCGCUCGCCCUACUCUUCCUCCUCUUAUCCCCCUCCGGCCCCUCCGCCUCCCGCCUCUCCCACUCUUUCGCCUCCGCCUCCUCUUCCUAUCCUGCCUCCUCCCCCCUUCCCUCGCCAGUCAAGAUCUACCUGUACGACCUGCCAUCCAAGUUCACCUACGGCGUCGUCCGUAGCUACAUGUCCGCGCGGGCUCCCCCGGGGUCGGCGGAUGCGGCCGCGACGCUGCCCGACGAGGAGCUGCGAUAUCCAGGGCACCAACACUCGGCGGAGUGGUGGCUCUUCAAGGAUCUCCGCCGCCGGGGGCCGCGCGAACGCCCUGUGGCCCGCGUGGACGACCCGGCCGAGGCUGACCUCUUUUACGUGCCCUUCUUCUCCUCCCUCAGCCUCGUUGUCAACCCCAUCCGUCCCCUGGCGGCCGCCAAUGCCUCCGUGGCGGCGGCGGAACCUGCAUACAGCGACGAGGCCAUGCAGGACGAGCUGGUGGAGUGGCUGGAGCGGCAGCCUUACUGGAGGCGGCACCGGGGGAGAGACCACGUCUUCAUCUGCCAGGACCCCAACGCGCUCUACCGGGUGGUGGACCGGAUCAGCAAUGCCGUACUCCUGGUCUCUGACUUCGGCCGGUUGCGUGGUGAUCAGGCCUCUCUUGUUAAGGAUGUCAUCCUGCCUUACUCGCACCGCAUCAACCCCUUCCAGGGCGACGUCAGUAUCGAAGCCCGACCUGCACUGCUUUUCUUCAUGGGCAACCGGUACCGUAAGGAGGGCGGGAAGGUCCGUGAUACACUCUUCCAAGUCCUUGAAAAUGAGGGAGAUGUAAUCAUAAAACAUGGAACCCAAUCAAGGGUGAGUCGGCGUAUGGCCACACAAGGAAUGCACUCAUCCAAAUUUUGCCUCCAUCCUGCUGGAGAUACUCCAUCAGCGUGCAGAUUGUUUGAUGCACUUGUCAGUUUAUGUGUUCCUGUUAUAAUCAGUGAUCAUAUUGAGUUACCAUUUGAAGAUGUUAUAGACUACAGUAAUAUAUCAAUUUUUGUUGACACAAGCAAGGCUGUACAGCCUGGAUUCUUAACUUCGAUGCUUCGAAGAGUCAGUUCAGAACGGAUUCUGGAGUACCAAAGAGAAAUAAAAAGGGUAAAGCAUUACUUUGAGUAUGAAGAUCCAAAUGGUCCAGUCAAUCAAAUAUGGCACCAAGUUUCCAUGAAGGCACCGUUGAUUAAACUGUUGAUUAACCGUGACAAACGGCUGGUUGAAAGAGCCACUAACGAAACUGACUGCUCGUGCAUCUGUUCAACACCGAGCGAGAUAUCUACUGGUAACUAAGUAAAGAAGAUAGUUUUCACGGACUGAAGGAAACCAAGCUUUGUGGCCACAUCGCCCGAAUUCUGAAGGCUGCACCGCUACAUAUAUGUACAGCACGGAUCCUGUUGGUUCUUUUUAAUCCCUGAUUGCCCAUAACCUGCUAACGUCCUUCAAUUUUUCAGUAGGUAUUAGAGAGUCAGCAGCAAAUGAUGGCGCUUUGAUCGGUAGUUUUAUGUUUGUUUGUUUUAUGUUAUUAGCUUCCCUUUGUUAGGAUGUCAUGUCGAAUCAGAAUCUUGUGUUGACACUACUGUUCAAAGUGUUUCUUUUGGUAGUAACAACAAAUUUUUGGAGUAUCAAUGAUCUGACGGUAGCAAUUUUGCUGAUUGAUUA